CCCCAUCUUCUAUUGCGACACUUUAUAUUUCAGAGGAUGCAAAAUAAUAGAUUUUAAGAUGACCAUGAGGAAAAUAUAAUCCCAAUAUAUUACUACUGAAUGUAAUGUCUAUGGCUGCAAAUUGUUCAGCAUCCUCUCCCUCCUCCCCACCAACUGAUGGCCCUGUUAGAGUCCUGGCUAUGAACUGAGCAAUUAUGGCUGCUCCCGGAUGCAUUCUUUGAUCUGGGUGGACUUGGUAAUGCUACAGCAUUCUACGGUCCUUCAAGCACCGGGCACUCUGGCUACUCUAGGAAGAGUUUUACAAUCACUCGUUCAGCUUGCUACAGCCAGGGGUGCGGGAGCAAUUUCUACAGUGCGUGUGCGGAUGAUGGAAACCAUGUCCUGUAUUUAGUGUCUGCUAGGACUACUUCCAGCCGGGGGUGCAGCGGCACCCCGAGUUCCAGCACUGCCUCCAACUCCUGAGACACUCGCUUGCCUGGCUCCUCUCUAUGGUCCAUUUGCCGUUGGCAGCCGCGCAGGGCCUCUCAAUGGUUGCUCUGGCCUUUCUGCAGCCGACUCCGUGGUCUACGGCUUGGCCGCUCUGGCCCCCCUAGAACGCGCUCUAUGACCCCGUUCGGGAGCCGAUGACACCGGGUUCCAAGGCUCAGUUACGGAAGCGGCUGCCCGGCGAGUAGGCAGCUGCGCGCGCAGCUCGGGCUCCAGACUCCGAGGAGAGCGCGGCGGUCGCCAUCGCUAGGGGGUCGCGGCCCCGGCCGUGUCCGGGCACCAUAGCGCCGCUGCGGCGAGGCCCUGUCCCGCUGCCGCGUCGGGCCCCGGGUCCGGUGCAUGGAGAGACGGGGAAGGAUGGACUGCCCUGCGCUGCCCCCCGGCUGGAAGAAGGAGGAGGUGAUCCGCAAGUCGGGCCUCAGCGCCGGCAAGAGCGAUGUCUACUACUUCAGUCCAAGUGGUAAGAAGUUCAGAAGCAAGCCUCAGUUGGCAAGAUACCUGGGAAACACUGUUGAUCUCAGCAGUUUUGACUUCAGAACGGGAAAGAUGAUGCCCAGUAAAUUACAGAAGAACAAACAGAGACUAAGGAAUGAUUCUCUCAAUCAAAAUAAGGGUAAACCAGACUUAAAUACGACACUACCAAUCAGACAAACAGCAUCCAUUUUCAAACAGCCAGUAACCAAAGUUACCAACCAUCCUAGCAAUAAAGUAAGAUCAGAUCCACAACGAGUGACUGAACAGCCACGACAGCUUUUCUGGGAGAAGAGGCUACAAGGCCUAAGUGCAUCUGAUGUAAGUGAACAAAUUAUAAAAUCCAUGGAGCUACCUAAAGGUCUUCAAGGAGUUGGCCCAGGCAACAAUGAUGAGACCCUCUUAUCUGCUGUCGCCAGUGCUUUGCACACCAGUUCUGCACCAAUCACAGGGCAACUCUCUGCUGCAGUGGAAAAGAACCCAGCAGUGUGGCUCAAUACAUCUCAGCCCCUUUGCAAAGCAUUCAUUGUUACGGAUGAGGACAUUAGAAAGCAAGAAGAACGGGUGCAACAGGUGCGUAAAAAACUGGAGGAGGCACUUAUGGCAGACAUCUUGUCGCGGGCUGCUGAUACAACAAAAGAUAUGGAUGUGGAAUUGGACAAUGGAGAUGAUGCAUAAGAAAAUGAUCAGGUACUUUAACUGACUUGUCCUAGGAGGAAUUUCCUAAAAAAAACAAAGGCACUUUCUCCUUCGGUCUUUCAUUGUAAGAAGAAAUGGACCCAUGCACAUUUAUAUAGCUUUCUAAUAGCAUUAAAACCAAUGCCUUUUUAGACUCCUAUUUUUGAUGUAUAUAUCUUAUUUGAAAAACAAACUUUAUUUUGUGUCCUACGACUUAAAAUAGUCUUUUUUAAAAUAUCAAACUGUACCCUUAAACUAAAGCUGAGCUUUUGACGCUAGGUUGCAAACCUACUGGAAUUAUAAUGCCUGUACUUAAUAUUUGUUUUUCCUGUGGUUUAUAAUAAUGAUGGAUCAGGAGAAAAAGGAUGGAUCAGGAGAAUUAAAGAUUAUUGUGACUCAAUGUAUAUAAACAGAUUUUUAUACUGCUGUUGAGUGAAAACACCUGUACAUUCUUCCAUCAUCACUGUAAAGAUAAAUAAAUGAUUAUAUUCA